AUGUGUACAUGUAUAAUAAGACAAGUGUUUGCCCCAUCUACUACUCCAGCAUACAGAUUUUCCUCCUGUUAUCUGUAAUAUCAGCCUUCAGAGUUGAGAUCAGCAUUGCCGAUCUGCUCUUUCCGAUGGAACUAUAGAUUCUAAACGUGUCUUCCCAGCAUAGUGGACAGUUCAGAUUUCCAACUAAGGACUUCAUCAUAUAACGUCAGGCUGGGUACUUUAUAUAGAAUCUGACUCAGCAGAAGGCACGACGAUCGCAGUUUUACAACAUUGAAAGAAGCAAGAACAGUCCCCAGAUGAUUAGAGUUGACACCAGGUGUCUCUGGAGAGAAGGUCAUUGGAGGAGCUGUAGCCAAACCCCACAGCCGGCCCUACAUGGUUUACUUAAUAAUAAACAGAAGUGAUCAUCAUACAAGCUGUGGAGGCUUUCUGAUCAGAGAAGACUUCGUCCUGACGGCAGCACACUGUGAUGGAAACAAACUCACUGCACUCCUUGGGGCUCAAAACGUCCUUCAAAAUGAGGAGACGCAGCAGAUCAUAGGUGUGGAGAAGUCCUUUCCCCACCCCCUUUACAACAACGGGACCUAUGACAUCAUGCUGCUGAAGCUGAAGAAGAAGGCCAGACUCGGGGUGGCCGUGGGCCUGAUUCCUGUGCCGUGGAGACGGGUGCCCCCCGGGACUGUGUGCUCAGUGGCGGGAUGGGGGGCUGUGGACAGGGAGGGGAGAAAUGCAUCUCCCGAACUCCAGGAGGUUAAUGUGACCGUGCUGAGUGACAAGCAGUGCAGGAAGAGGUGGGGAGAUCAGUACGAUGAGACGAAGAUCUGUGGGGGCAUGCCUGACCAUGGAGUGUGUAAGGGGGACUCUGGGGGACCCCUGGUCUGUGAAGAGAAGGCAUAUGGCAUCGUCUCUAGAGGAGGCGAGCUCUGUGAAGAGAUGCCCACUAUCUACACCAAGAUCUCUGUGUACGAGCCCUGGAUCAAUGAGACACUGGCGCAGAACUGAGCUUUCCUGUUGCAGCCUAUAGCAUAAAGCCACAUUUGUAGCUGUCAACAGAGUCCUCUUGCCUGGGUGCCCUGUUUGUAAAAUGGUCCUUUGUACUCAAGCUGUAUUCCAGAUGUCCUGCUUGCUAACCUGUCUAGCUAAAAUAUUUCCAAAUGCAAAAAUCUCCAUUCCUAAUAAAGCUUCUCACUGAUUUAAACCUGAA